AUGAAGCUCUUCGGGUGGAUCUCGGCCGCAUUCCUCGCUUCGACUGUUCUUUCGUUAGAGACAACACCAGCUCCAUCGAUCGAUACUAUACCAUUCUAUUCACCUCGCAAUGCAGACUCCGGACGAAGGGCCUUUGAAGUACUGCAAUUAUUAAGGAAGCGGAGCGAUAACUGUCCUUCUGGAUAUGAUUCUUGCACAAACCUAGGCUACUCGGAUAUAUGCUGUGCCGAUGGUAGCAGGUGCACUCGCGACGCCGCUGACAAUGUCGCUUGCUGCCCGACGGGAGCAAGCUGUACCGGCACGCUCUCAGAGACUGGAAACUCUGGGGGAGGUGCAACUAGCAGCUUCCGAUUUCCCCAGACAGCGACAGCUACACAGACUACAGAUGGAACGAGUGUGACUCUCACGGGCUCUACGAUUGCCGGAGCAUAUCCAUUUGUCAAUAUCCCGACAUCGUUCGCCAACGCGCGCGUUUGCACAUCAUACUACUCUCUCUGUCAGAGCGAAUAUACCGGCUGUCUUUCGCAACUCGGAGGAGGGUAUGCUGUGACUGUGGCUGCUGAAGGAGGAGGUGUCACUCGCGCUGGAGGAGGCGCUUCUGCAGCUAUAUCGACAUGCUCUAGUCUGAGUAUGGAGGCAUGCCACGGCCUCAGCAUUGGUUACUGCGGCAGUUACAGCACUGAUGUCUACGAGAACCGGGGAACGAUGCCCAGACGGAGUUCCAGUCUUGAGGACCUUUUCUUUGGCAUGUUCAUUGGACUUGCCGGGAUGUUUCUAUGA